GCUUUACAUAGCCCGAAGCCCGCGUUGUUUUCUCUUUUGUAUUUUAUAGUAUAUCCACAUCUUCAGAAACCGAAGUUCUUCGGCUUCUCUGCAAAACGGUGAUCAGAGCCUUCCCCAUGGCAGAAUCUAGAGGCAAUGAAGCCCCAACAUCUACUUCCGAUGCAAAAGAUGUAAAAGCACCAAAUUUGAUAGAGCGGGCAAAGGAAGAGAUUGAGGCUAUGAUUCACCACGACAAAAAACCUCAGCAUCACAAGGAAACUCACGGAACUAGUGAUGACAUUGAUGAGAGCACUCCAGUAGAUGAAGUUAAGGGGCCAAAUGUAUUUGAACGAGUUAAGGAAGAGAUUGAGGCUGUUGUGCAAAGUAUUCAUCCCAAGAAAUGAUCCAACUCUUGUUAAAUUAAUUGGUCUCAAUCUCAUCAUAUUUACUAACAAUAUUGGUUUCCCUGUUUCCUUCUGAUGUAUAAUAGCUAAUUGACAUGUAUAAUAGUACUGAUUUCUUGGUCUUUUCAUGGAAUCUGUUGCUAUUUAUGACGUUUAGAAGGGUCUCUGAUCUUAUUUUCUAUAUAAUGACAAAUGUGUCUUGAGAUA